UUUGUGAAAGGCUGAAGUCAUUGGGAUGAGUUGGACGGAAGUUCUAACCCACUCUUUUGCCUAAAUGCAAUCUUCUUCAUCAUUCUCCUAACUCUCCAGGGACUAGAGACAUGUGGCGGGCUUACUCUGACAUGAAGGAGGCCAACUGGAAAAACUCAGACAAAUACUUCCAUGCUAGAGGGAACUAUGAUGCUGCCCAAAGGGGACCAGGAGGAGCCUGGGCUGCUAAAGUGAUCAGUGAUGCCAGAGAGGGUAUUCAGAGGUUCACAGGACGUGGGGCAGAGGACUCAAGAGCUGACCAGUUUGCCAACGAAUGGGGUCGGAGUGGUAGAGACCCCAACCACUUCCGACCUGCUGGCCUGUCUAAUAAAUACUGAGUUUUCUCUUCAUGUUGUUCCCAGCCAUGCAGACCCCAAGAAAGAGGCAAUUACUGAAUUGAAUUAGUUCCUAAACUCUGGAUCCCUAAGUACCUCAAAAUGUUGAAUAAAUAUUUGUGAAAUGUAA